UAAAUAGGAAUUACUUAGCAAACUGUUGAGGUGACGUCAUUAAAAUUUUGUGGGGGGGUGGACAGACAAAAUUUCGUGUGUGCAUUGAUAAAUCACCCGUAGACGCAUAUUCAGAGCAAUUUCAGAGAUCAUAUGUUUCAUAAAAUUGCCAACAAACAGCCGGAAUCAGUAGCCCGGGGUUUUCGUAAAAAUCAUAAAACGUGGAGAAAACAUGAAAUUAACCAUUCGUCAAAUUACAAUACUUCUCUAUGUUAUAUAUGCAACCAGCAAUAGCCAAUGCAAGGGUGUCAUGGACGCCAUGUCGAUACACACGUGUGGAACAAACGUGGUGAAUAAACCUACAAUAAUCUGACGUCUUAUUAUUGUGUCUUAUACCUGUGAUUACGGAAUACACAACGUAUGGCGACGAGCAAAUUAUGAAUACAAGGGAGUAACUUUCAACGCAAGAACGGGAGGAAAAGGUGAGAAAGUCUAACCGUUCUGAAAAGCACUUUCAAGCAUGGCUAGUUACAUCGGCAUUAUCCCUACAUUCACACCGGACAGUGACUUCACGAUUUUCGAAGAAAGGUUCGAACAGUUCUGCCUCGUGAACAAAAUCGUGGACGAAAAAUGCAAAGUUGCCCUGUUGCUAAGUCAGAUGGAAACGGAUGUAUACAAGAUACUUCGCGAUUUAUCAUUUCCAAUUCCACCCAAGGACAAGUCUUUAGAAGAGCUGAAAAAGGAGCUCCAAAAGCAUUUCAGUCCAAAAGUAAACGUGUUUAGGGAACGAAUUCAGUUCUUCCGAGCCCACCAAACCGCCGAAGAAAGUUCUAAUGAGUGGUAUGCAAGAUUAAAAAAUCUCGCGGUCAACUGUAAAUUUGAGCACCUCCAAGAGACACUGGUUGAUCGGUUCGUGUCGGGAAUGCGAGAGGGACCCGUGAUGGACCGACUAGUGGAAGAACCAGUCAGUCAAAGUCUCGAGAAGUUAAUCGAAAUUGCCAACAGCAAGGAGUUGGCGUUAGCAUACACCACUGGUAAAGGAAGCGAGGACAGAAUUCAGGCAGUAUACAGUGGUCACCGUAAACUAGGCAACUUCCGGGGAAGAAACCAACACAAACCCAGAAAACCAGAUGCAAAUGAAGAAUAUAAAGAAAGUUAUGACAUGGGAAGAGUGAAGAACCAAAGCAGAACCACCGUGAAAUGUAAGUGCUGUGGCAAAACACAUGCUGGAACGUGCAAGUUCCAGAAUUAUACCUGCAAUGCAUGUGGCAAAAAGGGACACUUACAGAGUGUCUGCAGGGCAAGGCAGAUCAACGCAAUGGAGACCCUACAAAGUGAACAAGGAAGCGGAAGCGAGGUUAGUAUAUAUGACGAAGGACAUUAUCUAAACUCUAUAUAUAACAUUAACAACACUCUUAAGCCAAUCGAACUCUCUGUGUUAAUAGAUGGCAAAAAAUAUUGCAUGCAGUUAGAUUCAGGUUCCGGCAUAUCUGCAAUAAGCAACAAGUUUUAUGUAAAUAAUUUGAACACUUACCAAAUUCAUCCAACAGUAAUGUCGUUUAAAGGUUACACAGGUGAAUCAAUUGUACCAUUAGGAUUCAUAAAUGUUAUAGUAGAAUAUGGAGAUAUGGCAAGUGAGUUAAAACUAUUUGUAAUUGAAAAUGCUAUGACAGGAUUGUUAGGCAGGGAUUUCAUCAAUAAUUUUAACAUUAUUUUCACUCCAGCAGGAAUAAACGCCAUUGACUCGGUGGUGGACGUGAAGACUACGUUAAGGGGGGAGUUUCCUGAUGUGUGUACUUCAGCUCUCGGAUGUUUUAAACACGGUAAGAUUUCUUUGAAGUUAAAGCCUAACGCCGUCCCAAAGCACCAUUCUCCGAAACCUGUACCCUUAGCCCUUAAAUCCAAAGUCGAGUACGAAUUAGAGAGGAUGAUUCAAAGAGGAAUCAUUACACCAACCGUAACAGCAGAAUGGAGUUCCCAUAUUGUCCCGGUUCUGCGAAAAAAUGGCACCGUACGCAUAUGUGGUAGCUAUAUAAAUCUCAACAAAAAUCUAGUAGAUGUGUAUUAUCCAUUACCACGCAUAGAUCAGAUUUAUGCUAAUCUGAAAGGAAAUUACAAAUUUUCCAAAAUAGAUCUAAGCGACGCGUAUAUGCAGUUCGAACUCGAUGAUGCGUCAAAAAAGCUGGUCACUAUAUCCACGCAUAAAGGAUUAUACAUGGUUAACCGAAUGCCCUUUGGGAUUAAGUGUGCAAGCUUUUACUUCCAAAAACAUAUUGACCAACUUUUUCAAGGCAUCGACAAUGUAUUCACCUUCCAGGAUGACAUCUUAAUCGGACAUAAACGUGGCGAAAACCACCUAGAUAUUUUGAGACGAGCCCUAACCAUAUUAAAAAACGCAGGCCUAACGGUAAACCUGGAUAAAUGUCAGUUUCUCCAAAGUAAAAUCUCGUAUCUGGGAUACGACUUAUCAGAAAACGGUUUAAGUAAAAGCAAAGAUAAGAUCGAAGCAAUAACAUCUGCUCCACCACCAAAUAAUAUUACCGAACUUAAAUCGUUUAUUGGAAUGGUUAAUUAUUAUAGCAAAUUUAUACCCAACAUUACAGAAACUCUAGCACCCCUCUAUCAGUUACUAAAAAAGGAUGUUAAAUAUCAAUGGACAGAUAAAUGUGAUACAGCGUUCAGAAGUAUUAAGCAAAAGAUUGCGUCUGAUACGGUUCUAACUUACUUCGAUCCUAAUCUACCCAUCAUUGUAACAUGUGAUGCUUCUGAACGUGGCAUAGCAGCAGUUCUUGCACACAAGAUGACAGACAACACUGAAAAAAUGGUGACAUGUGUAUCAAGAACUUACACUAAAGCUGAGCAGAACUACUCAGUAGUACACAAAGAAAGUUUAGCAUGCUAUUUCGCCAUAAACAAAUUCCAAGAAUACUUAUAUGGACAGAGAUUUAUUUUGCGAACAGAUCAAAAAUCGUUGGUCUACUUGUUUGGGAAACAAAAGGAAAUAAAUCAGACAUAUGCUAAUCGAAUAAAGCGCUACGCACUGUAUUUUUCAAACUUCGAUUUCCAAAUUGAACAUAUAAAGGGACGUGACAACGCAGUCGCAGACUGUUUGUCGCGAUUACCACUAGACAAGCAAUUUACAGUUGACGAAGUAGAAUACAAUAGCAUAUAUUUCUCUAAUGUAGAUAUUCCGAUAGACAAUACAAUGGUAAAAGAAGAAACAGCAAAUGACGCUAUCUUAACUAAGGUUAUAGAAUUUGUUCGAUCGGGAUGGCCAAACGAGAUCGAUGAAAAUUAUCGACCAUUUUAUAAUCGCAAAUUAGACCUCCACGUGGUAAAUGGCUGUUUGUUGUUUGGAGACCGUAUCGUGAUACCAACCACAAUGCGAGAAAUAGUAAAAAAAGAACUACACUCUACUCAUGAAGGCAUCGUGCGAAUGAAAGCUAUGGCGAGAUCGUUCUUAUGGUUUCCUGGAGUCGACAAAGAAAUUGAACAGAUAUGCAAAUCGUGCAAAGCUUGUCUGUCUGUCACAUCUCAUCCCCCAAAAACCUAUGUAUCCUGGCCGGAAUCUUCUAAUCCGUUCGAAAUAGUCCACAUGGACUUUUUCACGUUCCUGCAAAGACAAUACCUGAUCAUAGUAGACAGCUGCACUAAAUGGUUAGAAAUUUACAGUAUGAAAAACAUUACAAGCGAGAGUACUGUAGAAAUGCUGAGAGACUGCUUCUCUCGAUUUGGGCUGCCAGAAACAGUUGUUUCCGAUAACGGACCUUCCUUCGUCUCCGAAGAAAUGGAGAUUUUCUUUUACCGGAACGGAAUCAAACACAUGACAAUCUCGCCAUACAACCCUCAAAGUAACGGCCUUGCUGAAAACGGUGUUAAAAUAGUAAAAAACAAGCUGAAGUCGGCAUUGGCAGAUGAACAAAAUAAAAAUGCCACCAUCCAGACGAUACUUUCCCGUUUCCUGCUAGUUUAUAGAAACACACCGCAUACGACGACCAAAAUAUCUCCAGCUAGUGCUAUGUUUGGUCGAGAAUUACGUACAAGGUUUCAUCUAAUGACUCGUACUGACCAUGUCUCAAAAAAAAUACCCCGCGAACCAACUACAAGUCGAACUUUUAAAAUCAACGACAAAGUCAUAAUCAGAGACUAUCGGACAACCGAGAGGAAAUGGGUUGAUGCGAAAAUAAUAAAAACAAUUGGCAACGCCACUUAUUUAUGCCAGCUCGCAUCUGGAACGGUGUGGAAACGUCACCCAAAUCAAAUAAAGAAAAGGAGUGAGGGUUGCGAAUCAGUAUUGAGUAAAAGCACCGCCAUUAAACAGCACAGAGGACAUUGCAAUGUGAAAAUCGGAAUGCCCAUAAAUUACGAUCCUACGUUACCACAACUACCCAUCCCUGCCCCAGUACGUAGCACUUCCACUAAUCUGGAUCCUGUACCAGCAGGUAUGAACAACACACGUCAGGACACUCAUCCUUUACCAGCCACCGAGCCAAUGUGUCCUCCCGCAGCACAUGAAUGUAUUAGACCAUCUAGAAUUAGGAAAACCCCAAAGAUCCUAGAUGAUUUUAUUGUUAGUAUGUAAGAUUUCAACCUGUAAAUAUUAUUUUAGUUAGUUUAGGUAAAUUUCAUUGUUAGGAGGAAUAUUUUGUAGUUGUAAGUUAAAGAGGGAGAUGUGUUAUAUAUGCAACCAGCAAUAGCCAAUGCAAGGGUGUCAUGGACGCCAUGUCGAUACACACGUGUGGAACAAACGUGGUGAAUAAACCUACAAUAAUCUGACGUCUUAUUAUUGUGUCUUAUACCUGUGAUUACGGAAUACACAACACUCUAGUUUACGCUACUGAAGUAAAAAUUGAGAAUCAAAGAACGUUCGAUAGUACCCCACAAUUCCCUUCACUUUGAUAUUCGGCACAAAAGAGGUCAAGUAGUCUUCACUCACCUAAUAAAUGGUUGCCGAAUGAAAGCUGCAGAGUUUCUAAUUGCUGAACUGGUCAUAAUAUCUAGUCACGAUGACCGACCGCCUGGACGCUCCGAGACUCGCCUUUACUGCCCCUGCAGGAUGACCAUUUGGUGGCUUCAUCAUCAGCGACAACCACCCUGGAGCUUGUGGUGUUCUGAUUUUGAAAUUCAAAUUUCACGCUGAGAGGGAAAAAAACAAUGUCACCAAGCCGAAUUUAAAAAAAUAAUAAUAAAAACGUUUAAUAACGUUGACAAUCACCCAUGCAGGAUUAGAGCGUUAGGGAGAAUGCUAGAAGGCCACCAUUUACGUUGGUGGUGCCAGGAAUUUUUGCAGUAUAGUGCAGUUAAAAUUCUGAAAGGUCAUUCACUUCCUGUUUUUGGCGCGUUAUUUGUUUGUAGUUUUGAUGUGAGUGUAAACACGUGUUGAAGGUGGUAUAUAUACUGUGAUGGUAUGUACAAUAUUGUGUAUAAUUUCAUAAAAAGGGAAAGAAUGUAAUUAGUGAAAUGACAGUUUAUUAAUGAUUUUCUAAAUGUGAAUUGUCAAUGAGUAUUCC